GCUGUGCAACCCUCUAUGAGCUCAAGCCAGCAGAGCACUGACUGGCUUGGCCAUUACCAGUCCACACAGCCAGGGCAUCCUCUGCAUUUUGCCAUGGUUCAUGGGAAUAAAUUAAAUUUCUUAUGGACUUUAGGUUUCUAUCUGGUAGCCAGUCAAUCAUCUCCCAGCGUACCUUCCAUAGAGGACAAGAGUUUCAUAGAGGACUGUGUCACAGCUCACAAUGAAAUGCGUCGCACAGUCCAGCCCUCUGCGGCCAAUAUGAAAUACAUGACGUGGGAUGAAGGUUUAGCAAAGACCGCAAAAUCCUGGGCAAACCAGUGCAAAUUCGAACACAACAACUGUCCAGCAAAUCGGUGUCAUCCGACUUUUGCAUAUGUGGGAGAAAAUAUUUGGUUAGGUGGAUUAUACCAUUUUAAACCAGCAAUUGCUAUUCGUUCUUGGUAUAAUGAAAGGCAAUUUUAUACUUACAGCAGUCAACAUUGUACCAAAGUUUGUGGCCAUUAUACACAGGUAGCUUGGGCUGAUUCAUACAAAGUUGGUUGUGCAAUGACAAUUUGUCCUAAACUUGGGAAAGGUGACCCUGUAAUGUUCGUAUGUAACUAUGGACCUGCAGGAAAUUAUGUAGGGGCCCGCCCUUACACUGAAGGAGCAUCCUGCUCUACGUGUGGAAAAGAAGACACUUGUGAAAACAGCCUCUGCAGAAAUGAAACACGUGAAAGACUUAUGGAAUAUCCAAAUUGGAAUCCAAAGGGGCAAGCACCACAGUCAGCAGCAAGUAAUCUCUUGUGCCUACUUUGUGUUCUCCUGAGAAUGUGUUAAUCUUUAUGUAUUAUGGGAAACACACUCACCAGUCCAAAAUUAAAUAAAAAAGAAAUUGGAGAUACUAA